UCACUGAAAUCAUUUCUUUGACAAGCACCUAGCUGUCACAUUCUGAGUCCCCUCAGGCUGCAAGAGACCGGGCUGUGCCUGUUUGUCUUCACUGUAGGGGGUAAGAUGGGAAGAUGUAGGCGAAGAAUGGAGCUGAACCCCCUGGCUCUCAAUACUGUCUGCAUCACUUCCUAGCUUUGUGAUCUGGGUAAAUUCCUUAACCUACCUGGGCCAUUUCCUCAUCUAUGAAGUGGGAUAAUAAUGGUGCCUACUUCAACAGGGUGGUUGUAUCAAUGAAUUUUUAUACAUAUAAGACACUUAGAACAGUGCUUGGCAUGUAGUAGAUGCUAAAUGGCUAUUAUAUUAUUCUAGACUGAGCAAACUCAUUUGAGACAGGAAACUUGAACCCAGGUCUUCUGAGAACCCUCAUUUGCAUUCCUUGCUUAUAGAAAGAGGAGUGGUGACCAGAAAGUUACUUUGUCCUACAGCUCCCCAGGGUAGAAACAAGCAGGGCACAGGGAAAGAAAGUAAAGAAAGCUGGGGGGACAGUGAAAGAGGGAUUUGCCUAAGUUUCAAGUCAUUCUGGAUAUCUAGAGAGCCUGUCUCCUGGACCUUAUCCACCAGCCUGACAACAGCUAUGUGUUUAGAAUAUUUAUGCUUAGCCUUGUGCUGGACACAGUACAGGGACAUGGGCAUGAUGUGGUAUCUACUCAGAAGCAGCUAAUGUCCAGUUGGGUAAAUGAGAAUAGAACACAAAACAACCAUGAGUGACCAUGGGCAGCAUGAAAAAAAGGUUGAGGUUUUCUGGUUUCAUCUAUGCUGGCCAUCAGACCAAGAAGCAGGAGUCAUCUGAGGGACUGGGUAGUUUAGGAAGGCUUCUUGGAAUGUAGUCAUAUCCUCACAUUUAUUGAGUGUCUUGAGGGUACGAAGCUCUGUGCUCAUGCUGGGAAUGAGAAGUGAAGAGAUGGUCACUGCCCUGAGACGCUCCUAGUCUAGAGGAGACACAUUCCAUUCCAUUUAACAGGAUGCUGGGAUGAAGGUGUGUGUAGAGUGCUGUGGGAACAGGGGGUGGGGUAUUUCACCUGUACCUGGGUGAGUUGGGAAAGGGCUCACCAAGGAGGGGACAUUUGGGCUUGAAACAUGAGUAGAAGUUGCUUAGGCAGAGAGUUUUAGGAGAAUGUAAUGUGUUUAGGAACAAAGAUAAUUGAAUCAGAGAAGAAGAGGGAAUUAAUAGACAGGUGUUGGGGGACGAGCACGAUCUUUGGAUUAGAAUCAGGGCACCAAAUGAAGGGAAGUUUGGAAGAGGGCUCUCUGCAGGGCUGACACAUGUAGGCCCUCAUAUGUGUUAGUUUCCUUACCCAGCUCCUGGCGAGGUAAGUUUAGGCCAGUUGAAGAAGAGCCCUGCAUGCCAUGCUCAAUGGACUUGAUUCUGUAGGUAGCAGAGGAGGUUUGGGCUGUUAUGUCUGACUUUAGACGACUUUCCCUACCUUUUCUUCCCCCAGAUUAUAAAAGUAGUCCACAUUUUCUCCUAAUAGGGCUUCAGUAUUAUUCUGUGAGCAGCCCAGCAACCCCAGGUACACACACACCCCAGAAUGCCAGGGGUGACUGGCUGCUUCUCAGAGGAGCAGCAAGGCUGUGGAUUAAGAGGGGGUUUCUUUGGUAAGCAGUUAGGUAUAGUAGGUUCUUAUACUUAUAGACGUGAAGGAUUUUAUGCAUUUUGUAUUUUCUGGUUUUUUCCUUCUCAGUAUGUAGUUAAGUUCUUUUUCAGAGUUCCCACCUAUUUCAUAUAGGCCAGAGGGAACACUCCCUUCCUGGGUACCACAGUGUGGGCAGCAAGAAUCAGUGAGAAUCCUCAAGCAGGAGACGAUAGUCAGGGGACAGAGUCAGGGCCUAUUAAAUGUUCUUUCUCCCCCCAGAAAUUUUGCUUGCAGUGUCAUCUGUUAUUCUGUUUUGUUUUAAUGAGGAAGACUAUUCUUUUAUUGUUCCUAAAACUCUGCUCCCAGAACUACCCCAUUACAACUAGGGUGCUGAGUUAAAAGGGCAGAUUUCUAGCUUUAACCCCAUCCUUCCAGAAUCUGAACCUCUAGGGGAGGGCCUGGAAAACUGCAUUUGUGUGCAUAUUAAAGAUUGUGAACUUUUAGUUUUUCAUUCAGCUUUUUCAACAAAUAUUUAUUACAUGCCUAAGCAUGCCUAGUAUACACCCGGUAUAACUGGACAGAUAACUGCCUCUUAUGUCAAAUGGAAUUUACAUUUUAGUUCAGAGGAUGUUAGGGCAGUGGUGGAGUAGACCACUGGGUAGAUUAGGCAAAAGGAGUUUGUAUGACAUUUUGAAAGUCUAGUGGGGAACUUACGACCUGAUACAGUAAGAAAUAAGGAGCUUCUAGGCUCAUCUGUGUGGAUUAGAAAGAAUAUGGACUUUGGAGUCAGUGUGACCUAUGUGUGGUCUUGAGCAAACCAGUUAACCUCUCCAAGCCUUAGGGCCUUACCUACAAAUGAAGUUAAAAAUAGUACCUAACUCAGUGGGUGGUGUUGGUAAUUAAAUGACACAAUGUAAAUAAAGUGCUUAGUAAGAUGCUUGGUGUACAGGAAGUGUGAAAUUAAAAGCAAAAGAGUUUGUUAUCCCUAUUUCAAAGGUGAGGUUGUUCAGGAGUAGAAGGGUUAAAUUACUUGGCCAGGGUCAUGCAGCUAAGUGGUUGGUAGACAGAGGAGUCUGGAUUUGAACUCCAGUCAUCCUCCAAAGCCAUCUCUUUGAACUUGAGCAUUGUUCUGCCUCCUGUAGGAAUAAUUUCUUCUUGGCAGGUUGCUCUGAAGCUUCUUGAAAAAAUGUCUGUUAAAGUUCUUACCUCAGAGCCUGGCACACAUUCAAUAAUGUUAAUUUGUGUUCUCCUUUCCCAGGGACAACAGACAGCUUCCAGAGGUUUGAGGAACCAGUAUUCCAUCCUCAUUGAAAAGGCAUGAGGUUUCUCACAGGGUGAAGGCCAUGCCGCCUCCUGGGAAAGUUCCCCGAAAGGAGAACCUUGGGCUACAGUGUGAGUGGGGGUCCUGUUCCUUUGUGUGCUCGGCCAUGGAGGAGUUCUGCGAACACGUUACUCAGCACCUGCAGCAGCACCUGCAGGGCUCUGGGGAGGAGGAGGAGGAGGACCCGCUCGAGGAAGAAUUCUCCUGUUUGUGGCAGGAGUGUGGCUUUUGUUCUCUGGACAGUUCUGAUCUCGUCCGCCACGUCUACUUCCAUUGCUACCACACCAAGCUGAAGCAAUGGGGGCUGCAGGCCCUGCAGAGCCAGGCUGAUCUCAGCCCCUGCAUCCUGGACUUAAAGAGCCGCAACCUCAUCCCUGACAUCCCUGAGCACUUCCUGUGUCUGUGGGAGCACUGUGAGAGCUCCUUCGACAAUCCCGAGUGGUUCUAUCGGCACGUGGAAGCACACAGCCUGUGCUGUGAAUACCAGGCAGUCGGCAAGGACAACCACGUGGUGCUGUGUGGCUGGAAAGACUGUACCUGCACCUUCAAGGACCGCUUUAAGCUUCGAGAGCACCUCCGCAGUCACACCCAGGAGAAGGUGGUGGCCUGCCCCACCUGUGGGGGCAUGUUUGCCAACAACACCAAGUUCUUAGAUCACAUCCGUCGCCAGACCUCAUUGGAUCAGCAACACUUCCAGUGCUCUCACUGCUCCAAGAGAUUUGCCACAGAGCGGCUGCUGCGGGACCACAUGCGUAACCACGUGAAUCACUAUAAGUGCCCUCUGUGCGACAUGACCUGCCCGCUGCCAUCCUCCCUCCGAAACCACAUGCGCUUUCGCCAUAGCGAGGACCGGCCCUUUAAAUGUGACUGUUGUGACUACAGCUGCAAGAAUCUAAUCGACCUCCGGAAGCACCUGGAUACCCAUAGCAAGGAGCCAGCCUACAGGUGUGAUUUUGAGAACUGCACCUUCAGUGCCCGCUCGCUCUGCUCUAUCAAGUCCCAUUACCGAAAAGUGCAUGAAGGAGAUUCAGAGCCAAGAUACAGAUGCCACGUGUGUGACAAAUGCUUCACAAGGGGCAACAGCCUCACUGUACACCUUCGCAAGAAGCACCAGUUCAAGUGGCCUUCAGGACACCCCCGUUUUCGAAUCCUAGGGCUUCUUCCUUCCCUCGUAUUGUCUCCUACCUCACCAAUUUCCAGGCCAUUUCUGCCUCCCUCUGCCCAUGUUUGCUGCCCCCUGUGCUCCCCCUUCACCAGGUACAAGGAGCAUGAAGACGGUUACAUGCGGCUGCAGCUGGUUCGCUAUGAGAGUGUAGAGCUGACCCAACAGCUGCUGGGGCAGCCACAGGAGGGAUCGGGCCUGGGAGCAUCCCUGAAUGAGAACAGCCUGCAGGGGAUCAUUCUGGAAACAGUGCUGGGGGAGCCAGGACCUCAGGAAGAGGUGGAAGAGGCUGAAGAGGAAGAGGAAGGCGGGGGCAAUGAGCGGGCAUCCCUGGCAGCCUCUCAGGACACUCCCAGCCCUGUCAUCCACAUGGUGAAUCAGACCAACACCCAAGGCGAACGAGGGAUUGUCUACUAUGUGCUGUCUGAAGCCCCGGGGGACCCUAGGCCCAGGGAUGACAUGUAACCGGUCCUUGCAAGGGCCCUUUCCUCAACAACCAUCCGAGGCGUCAUCAACCAGGCAGUCGUUUCCCUCUAAAUGGUUCUUCCUACAACCCCAAGAACUUACAUGGUUAUCCUCAGGGAUGGCAUUGGAGGCACUGAGCGUGUGCGUAACAUUUGUUUUUGGUAAUAAAAGAAACACUUGGGCUGUUACUCAUUUCUUCUUCCUUACAUUUGGUGGUAUUGCCUAGGUAAUGAGGAGAUAUGUCUGCCCAGACAACGAGCUGAAUGAUUAAGUUUGUUCCCCUUUUAGGGACUGGGAUUUGUUUUUGUUUGAAACUGGCCUCUUGUUCCCUGCUCUCCCACCCCUGCCUUACCUUUGGUGAAACUUCUCCAUUUCUUCUCGGAACAUCUACCAUCUCCAUGGAGGUCCCAGGCAUAGGCCAGGAAUGGGCAGUAGAACACUCUAGAGUGGGUAAGUGAGGCUCACCAGGAAGAUAGGGCACCCCACCAUGGCCACACUCUCUGAGUGCUGGUUAGACCCAGUGUCUCUGGGGUGGGGGUGGAUAUGGAGGGAAGGGAAGGUACUCAGGGUCCAGGAACCAAGUUAGAAAUGGUGUCUGGAUGUGUAUUUUCCUGGGGAAAUGAUCGUGGCUUUGUUUUGUUUUGUUUUGUUUUCAUUAGAUUCUCAAAGGGGUUGGAACCCUUCAAAAUAAGAACCUUAUUUUUUUGGCCUGUCCAGUCACUCCUUAGUGCCCUGUGUCUAUUUUUAGUGUCUCUGACAUUCUGGAGAGGUCAAGGAAAUACUGUGAAGGGUCUUGGAUGGGCAGGAAGCUGCCACAAAAGGUUUCUGGGCCUUCUUUUAAAAGACUAAUGUGAUUCUUACUGCAAAAACUGAGUGCCUAUUGCUGAAAGAAUCAAGGAAGAAAAGUCUCUUCAUUCAUUCCAUCCACCAUUUACUGAGUUCCUCCUAUAGUUCAGGCACUGUGACAGGUGUUAAUGAUACAAAGAUGAAUAAACUGAGGACCUGCCCUGGGGGGACUUGCAGUCCAGCAGUGAGGAAAGACCUAAGUAAGUGGAGUGAGAGGCCUGUCAGGGUUCACUUAGGAGGCUCAAAGUAGAAGCUGACAGUAUUACUUGGGCAAGGGAUCAGCAAGGGGCUUCGUCAAGGAAGUGAUUAGAGCUACUAUCUACGAAGGGACGGGCAGGUUAUUCCAGGCAGAGGAGACCAGGUCUAUACACGAACCUCAAGGAGCGCUUUAUGGUCUGAGCCCAGAAGGGCAGUAGGCCAAGGAGAGAGGCAAGACUGAGAAGGAAGGCAAAGCCACCCAAAAGGACCGUGUCAAGUUUUUAGGACGAGGGUUCUGCUGAUGACGGGGAAAGUAAAUCGGAAGAGUGCGAGAGCAAGCGGGUGCAAGUUAGGGGCUGCUGCAGGAAUUCAGGCAGGAAACAGUGAGGGCUUGAGGGUCAAGUUGAGGUGGAUGCUCACUUUGCCUCUGCAAGAACCCCUUCAAGAAAUGGCAGUGUGGAGGAGAGAGGAAACAUGAAUGAAGACGUCCCCAAAGUGGAGCCGCUGCAUUUCCAGGCUUGUUUCUUUAGAACCCUGUACUAACUUUGUGACCCACACCUUGUUCCUCCACUCAGCACGUGUGUAAUCCCACUUUCCCCACCAGGCCUUCAGGUAGUUGAACACGAGGGAGGCUUCUUUGGGCUAAGUACCCUCUGUCUCCUCUUUACCUCCUUGUAUCGUAUAGUUUUGGGUCUCCUCUCCACCCCACCUCCUCGGGGCCUGUGCUUUUGGUGGUCACGCUGUGCCCUCGGUUUAUGGUGAUGCCACUGCCCUCUAGAACCCCUCAGCCUUCACAUGUCUCGUUACUGCCCAGAGCACGCUCCUUUGCUUUGGAUGAGUGCAGUGGUUAUCUUGCACUUAACAGCAGACCCUCGUGCUUGUCCUCAUUUGGUUUUGUCUUGUUAGAUUUGAUUGACAGCUGUUCCCAAGUGGUAGGUUAAAAGGUUGACUGGAGCAGGGCCAGAGGCAGACCCUCAAACGCAAGUGGCUAUCAAGACCAGAGGAAGACUGAGGGCUCUGAAUCCUGAAAAGAAACUGGUGCCCCAUUCUCUGUAUAAUUCAAAAUGAAAAUACUAAACCAGGAAGCAUACAAGGAAGUUCAACAUGAUGAUACUUACAUAUAUAUGAACUAUCAAAUUCUGGUCUCAGUUUUUUCCUUUCAUUUUUUGGUGUCUCUAUUUUGCUGGUCUUUUAAGCAGUGGCUUGGUCUGCCCCUUGAGUAACCCAGCAUUACUGGUGCCAUCCAUCUCUCAGCUGAGCAGUGCCUUCAGAAUCAGGCUAGCACCCUGUGAACAGGGCCUUCCCUGCCUGUCUUAUUUGUCAUGCCCACACCAAACCCCAUUGCUCUCUCUGGACUAUGGGGACAGCAGAAGACGUUCUGGCCUGCUACCACAUGAUUCCAGUUCUCCAGGAGGAGGGCAUCCUGGGCUCUGUGUACAUGGGCUGGAAAAUGAUGGAUUAUUGAGUCUAAGCAGUCAUUUUGGUGGGUCAGUGGAAGGAUACUAGAGGUUGGGGGUGGGUAACCCUGGGUAGCAGACCCCUGGAGGGAGAGGAUGCCAGUACUAAUUUGAUUGCCUUAGAGUUUUAUCUAGAGUCAGUCCCUGAGUCAGACACCACAGUAUCUGAAGAUUAAGGAGACACUUAACUCUUCCUCGAAGGUGUGACGACAGGAAGAGAAGGCAGGUGGCCCAGGAAUGUGGAAACUAAUGCUGUUUUGUCUUAUUUGGGGCAAGUCCGCAACCUCAGAGAAGGGCGCGGAAGAGCUUAGUGGAUGUAAAAUAAGUGAUUCUGCAAGGUGAGAAGAGGGAGGAAUAGUCAUGGGCAGUAGUCAUUUCUGUCAGAUUAUGACCUAGUGAGUGUAGCCUCUCUAUGAACGGUAAAUGAGUGAAUGAAUUUGCUCAAGAUCGGGAAUCCCACAGUGCACUUUGCGCAUAAGGAGCAUGCUCAUUUCCCAUGCAGUAUAGGUGAAAGGUUUGGGGAGAGUGUGAAAACUUUUCAUACUGUGCUAAAAAGCUUGAAUUCUUGACUGAGCAAAGGCUAUGGAAGACAGGCAGAUAAACAAAGCUUGGAAAGGAAUAGAGACACCCCUUCCUUCAAGUAGAGGGAGGGAGGGAUGGGAGGGGAUCGGAUCCAGUUUGUAGGAAGUGUGAGGUGUGAGGGAUUUCAUGCCUGGCUGUCUCUAUUUCCUUAAUAAAGUAGGGAUUAACAUUAUUGAGGGAUAAUCUGUUGGAUUAAGGAGAUUUAUAAGAAUUGUCAAGUUUUAGAAAUGCCACUUAUAGAUAUAAGAGUGAGAUACAUCACCUGACCACCCAGCUGAGGCUGAAUACUGAGAUCCAGCAGUGGCAGUUUCAACACAACCAGACACUUUUUUGUAGCAGAUAUGAGCACCCCUGAAGCAAAAGCAGAAAACAGACCACUGGGUUGAUCUCAGCCAUUGGGCCAAGGAGCAGGGUAAUUAGAACAUCCAGACAAGGGUCAUGACAUCCACACUGGACAGGGAGGCCCUGGGAGACUGGUAGGGAAGAGUUAGAAUCAAAUACAGUGAGCCAUGAUCAGAAAGGGGGCAUUUUUAAAUGGAGCUAUUUAAGAGCCCAGAGUAUGUCCACAAGGAAGUAGCCUGCUCAGUGGAGACUGAGGUCAUUGGAGUAGCAAAGAUCCAGGGAAAUAAGGUGUUUUGAACACCUACGAGCAAUGACUUUUCUACCUACCCUCCAGUGGAGUGGGCCCUGUGUUAGGAGCAGGGGAACAGGUCCCAGAGGAAAACUGGGCAGACACCUGGUCUGAGACUGCUUCCACGUAAAGGGUACCAAGGGAUGUGGUGGGAGUUUGAGUUCUAGGGGAAGGGAAGAUGGCAAGCUCAGACUGGGAGGUAGGAAGUGUGGGUUCUCAAGGAAAAAGAGACAGUGACUCUUGGGCAGAGUACCUUGGCAUUCUGCAGCUUUGGCGAAUCCCUCAUUUUCUUUUUAUCAAAAGGAAAUGGCACUGCACAGCAGGAAAGAGAUGGAGAAAUAAAUAUUACUCUU